CCACCCCGCCCACGGUCUGACUCUCUUUCCUGGCGGAACCUGAAUAAGCAUGGUGAAUCUGGGCCUGUCCCGUGUGGAUGACACGGUGGCUGCCAAGCACCCGGGACUCGGGGAAUAUGCCGCGUGCCAGUCAAACGCCUUUAUGAAGGGCGUUUUCACCUUUGUCACAGGCACUGGCGUGACUUUCGUCCUGCAGAUGUUCAUUAAGCGGAAGUUUCCAUACCCUGUGCAGUGGAGCUUCCUGCUGUCUGCCGUUGUAGGAUCUGUGGCCAGCUACAGAGUGACGAGAAUGGAGUCUCAGAAGUGCAGCGACCUGUGGCUCUUCCUGGAGACGGGGCAGCUCCCCAAAGACAUGAGCGCAGGUCAUCAAGACUAGAAGGUCUGGCUGCUGGGGUGUGGAGGAUCUGAAGCAGGGAAAAUCCUGGAACACAGAAUGAUACCAUUUGACUCCAGGCUGGUCCUUCCUACCUCACUAAACACACACGUGCAGCCUUGAGUGUCA